UCAUCACCACCACCACCACCAUCGUCAUCAUCAUCACCAUUCACAACAAUAACAACAAUGACGUCACGGGUGAAGGACGCGCUCGAGCCGACACCACGCGACCAGGACUGACAAGAUGGCGCCCCCAGUAGUACCAGCCGUAGUAGGUCCUGUGAAGGAGAGAUAGAUAAAGCCAUGCCUUUGGGGUACACGUUUGGCAGUUCACCAUGUUGACUCUGGUGGACUGAAACCGUUCAGAGGACCCACACGGAUCACCCCUCCCCCCCCCCCCCCCCUUGGGGACCGGGCUGCGUGUCCAGGGACCCAGUGAGGCGGGCGGGAGGGCAGACCGGUGCGAUGGACAGGUGCAAGCACGUGGGCCGGCUCCGACUGGCCCCGGACCACUCCAUCCUCAACCCCCAGAAGUGGCACUGCCUGGACUGCAACACCACCGAGUCGGUGUGGGCCUGCCUGGGCUGCGCCCACGUGGCGUGCGGCCGCUACAUCGAGGAGCACGCGCUGCGGCACUUCCAGCUGCAGCGCCACCCGCUGGCCAUCGAGGUGAACGAGCUGUACGUCUUCUGCUACCUGUGCGACGACUACGUGCUGAACGACAACGCCACGGGCGACCUCAAGCUCCUGCGCAGCACCCUCGGCGCCAUCCAGAGCCAGCGCUACGAGGUGACCACGCGCAGCGGGCGCACCCUGCGAUCCGCCGCCGCGCCGCCGCUGCCCUGCGGCGCCCGGGAGCUGCAGCUCCGCGACGAGGACCGCAUGUUCACCGCCCUCUGGCACCGGCGCCGCACGCUCAUGGGCCGCGUGUUCGGCGCGUGGUUCGCCCUGACGGAGGGCGGCCGGCGGCGGGAGGACGAGGAGACGAGGCGGGAGGAGGAGGAGGAGAAGAGGCGGGAGAAGCUGGAGCGGCGGCGCUCUGUGAAGCGGCGGCUGCAGGCGGAGCUGGAGAGCGCCCCGCCCAGGAAGAGCCGGCGGCUGCGGCGCCAGAGCCAGAGGGCGGCCGACGCCGCCGGCCUGGCCUCGCUCUGCGUUCCCGCGGCCAACGGGACGCGGACCCGAAGCCCCCCCGCCGCCGCCGCCGCCGCCCCCCAGAAACAAACAGUCCGGUCCAAAAGGGUCGUACCCGCCGCCAAGACCCCCAGCGCCCCUUCCUCCAAACCCAAGCCAAAGCCCCGGGUGCCCCCCCCGGCCCCCCGCAAGACGCCCGCCAAACAGCCCGCCAAACAGCCCGCCAAACAGCCCGCCAAACCGUCGGCCAAGCAGGGCGGCGCGCCCCUCAAGCGGCGGCCGGCGGUGACGCCGGGCGUGACCGGGCUGCGUAACCUGGGCAACACGUGCUACAUGAACUCCAUCCUGCAGGUGCUCAGCCACCUCCACGUCUUCAGGGAGUGCUUUCUGCAGCUGGACCUCACCACGGCCCUGGAGCUGCUGGCCUCCGCCGUCCACGGCCGGUUGGCGGGGCCCGCCCCCCCACCGCCGCCGCCGGCCCACCGGAGGGGCCUCCAGGCCAGCGGGGGGGGCGGCGGCGGCGGCGGCUGCGGGGCCGGGCUCAGCGGGGGGUCGUCGCGGGCCCGCAGCAUGGAGCUGGUGCAGCCCAUGGAGCCCAGCUCCAAGCACAUCUCGCUGUGCCACGAGCUGCACACGCUGUUCCAGGUCAUGUGGUCGGGCAAGUGGGCGCUGGUGUCGCCGUUCGCCAUGCUGCACUCGGUGUGGCAGCUGAUCCCCGCCUUCCGCGGCUACGCCCAGCAGGACGCCCAGGAGUUCCUGUGCGAGCUGCUCGACAAGGUGCAGCGGGAGCUGGAGACCACCGGCGGCGGUGGCGGUGGGCCCGUGCCCCCCCCCGGCGGCGUGCCACACACACAGAAGCGCCUCAUCAGGCAGGUCCUGAACGUGGUCAACAGCAUCUUCCACGGGCAGCUGCUCAGCCAGGUGACCUGCCUGGCCUGUGACUACCAGUCCAACACUGUGGAGCCCUUCUGGGACCUGUCGCUGGAGUUCCCCGAGCGUUACCACAGCAACAGCAGGGAGUCGGCUGCGCAGGUGUCAUGCCGGCUGACGGAGAUGCUGGCCAAGUUCACGGAGACGGAAGCGCUGGAGGGGAACAUCUACGCCUGCGACCAGUGCAACACAAAGCGCCGUCGCCUCUCCUCCAAACCCGUCAUCCUGACGGAGGCUCAGAAGCAGCUGAUGGUCCACAAGCUGCCUCAAGUUCUCCGGCUGCACCUCAAACGCUUCAGGUGGUCGGGGCGGAACCACCGGGAGAAGAUCGGCGUGCACGUGCGCUUCGACCAGCUGCUGAACAUGGAGCCCUACUGCUACCGGGACCCCUGCCCCGGCCCCCCCCCCGCCGCACCCUCAAAACACUUCCUCUACGAGCUCUCCGCCGUGGUGAUGCAUCAUGGGAAGGGCUUCGGCUCCGGCCACUACACGGCCUACUGCUACAACAAGGAGGGCGGGUUCUGGGUCCACUGUAACGACUCCAAGAUGAACGUGUGCAGCGUGGAGGAGGUGUGCCGCGCCCAGGCCUACAUCCUCUUCUACACCCAGCGCGCCUCUCAGGACAAAGACCGGCCGCUGUAGCGUCCGGCCGUCAGCCCGCCGGGCGACAGCACCCCCGCUGAAGGACUCCACCAGGCCUACCGCCUCCACCCAACCACCAGGCCUACCAGCUUGACCCAACCACCUGCU